UUUUGCUCUAUGGAUCCAUUUUAAUUUUAUGAUCAAGUUUUACUAAAAAAUUUAUUAAUAUAACGAGAACAUAUUUUUAAAUGCAGUUUGACAAAUACUAUACGCGCUAGUAAGUUAAUAUAUUUUAUUCACUUCCGUUUUGAAGGUUUAUAACCUCGCUAGGAGCUGGUUUAGUGAGUGAAAUGAUAUAAAGGAAGGAAUGGCAAACUUAAUUUUGAAUAUAUGUACAGUAUGUAUGAUCCAACUUGUUUUCUGCGCGACAGCAGAGGUUGAUGAAAAAUGUAAAGAAGGCUGUACAUGUUGUAUAAAUGGAAAAUGUGGACCAGGGAAUUACUUUGCGGAAGAAUGUACUCUAGGCUGUAUAGAUGGUCAUAGAGGUGCUCGCUGCUACCAACUAUGUACACACAACUGUAGAAAAUGCCCUGACCAUGAAGAUACGUGUACUGCGUGCUAUGCUAUGAUGGCUAUUACCCAGGCUCUGAUAGAGACUGUACAUCAAAAUGUUUACCCGGAUGUAAAACAUGCUCGUCAGGAACAACUUGUACAUCAUGCAAGGAUGGAUAUUACGAUACUAGUAAUUUAUGCAAUAGUGUAUGUCCUGGUAACUGUGUCACGUGCUCAUCGAGUACUGAUUGUGGGUCGUGUAUGGCGGGUUAUUAUAAAGGUUACCAGAAGGACAAUAUUAAUUUCCCUUUGUUAAACGACUGUACAUACAAAUGCCGUGAUAAAUGUAUGCAAUGUUCGUCUUAUGACAGAUGCAUGUUUUGUAAAACUGGUCUUUAUGGACCAAUCUGUGAGAAACGUUGUUCAGCUGGUUGUAUGUCAAACACUUGCGAUAUAUUAACUGGAAACUGUGAAUGUUUCUCAAAUUUUGCUGGAGUAAGAUGUGACAAAUGUACAACUGGAAAAUAUGGAAAUAUGUGCGAUAAACAAUGUCCUGAAAUGUGUAAAGGUAGCGUGUGUGACAAAGAUUCCGGAGAAUGUACAAACGGGUGUAUUACGAACACGAUCAUUGGAGAUAAAUGUGACGUUUGUUCAACAGGCUGGUAUGGACAAUACUGUACAAUGUCUUGUUCUGUUGGCUGUAAAAAUCAGACGUGCGAGAAAAGUAAUGGUGAAUGCUCAUAUGGAUGUCUUGAUAACUUUGUAGGAGGACAGUGCAAUCAAUGCAUUUCUGACUCAAGUUGUUCCUCAGAGCAGUCAGCUGUUAUAUUACUUGGAACAAUUAUUGGUGUGUCAGUACUUGUUAACAUUCUAUUUGUGGUUGCAUCGAUUCUAAGGAAAUGUCGGAAAAGGGCCAAUGGUAAUAGCAACACCAAGGGAACGGAUUAUGAUAACUCUUGCAUCGAACUUGAAUGUGGAAAUGCUGGGAAUGUCAGCAAUCAUAGAAUUGAUCAUGCAUCAAACGGCGACAAAGCCACAAACAGCGAUACUAUGUUUAAGUCACAUGAUUAUGAGGACCUUGGAACAAUUCAAGUAUCUGAGCAUGAAUAUUGACAAUUUUGUCCAGCCAAUGAGAUAUAAUU